AACAAACGUGAUUCCAUUCUUCAGUUUCGUGUUGGGUGUUGGUGAAAGGAUUUCAAACUCGCUAUAGUUUGAGGAAUGCAGUGAAAAAUUGAAUUUCAAAUUUAUCGUCGGAAUUUUCAGAGAAAAUCGGAGAUUUUACAAAACGAGUGAUCAUGGGUCAAAUGACGUUAUUGUUUGUUGUAGUUCUAGCUGUGGGGCUGACCAGCAUUUGCGCAGACAUGAUGCGCAAGAGCAUUGUAUUCGACGAGAAGAACCCCAAGUACUUUUAUUGUCCCCAAGAGAAGCCUAAAGGAAUGAACAAGAUGCUGGUCAAGGCUAGACCACUGGACAAACUCUGUGAAUUUGAAGGAAAUCCGCCGAAGGAAUUCAAAUCCGAUUGUUACAACGACAUCGACGAAUCGGAUUACGCAUGCGCAGAGAAGGAGAGAAUAAUGAUGAGAUUGAAUCCUCCCAACGACACCGAAACCACAACAAUGAGCACCACUACUACGAAGACGUAUUUGAAAUCUCGUCCCAAGAAGCAGUAAACAACGGUCGCAGUUAAUCUACUUCUCCGGCAGCUAUAAAUUCUUGCAUUCCAUUUUGCGAGAGCCCUGUGAUUGAUCCGUCCAAGGAGUUAUCGAUAACGAUCUGGGUUUCGGGUUUUAAUGCUUAAUUUUUAUUUUAUUUCUUGGGUGUUGUUAUUUAUUGUCUUCCAAGAUGAAUGACUAAUUGUCAGUUAAGAUUUAAUUAAACUUUUUUUACUAUA